AUGGGUGAAAGAAAUGAGUCUUCAAAUACAGAUUUCCUCUUGGGGCUCUUCCCUGGUAUAAAAUAUGUCAGUGUUCUUGUCUCUGCCAUCCUUUUGAUAUACAUUGUGGCUCUCACUACAAACUUCAUCCUUAUUCUCCUGAUCUGGAUGGAUUCUCACUUCCACACGCCUAUGUAUUUUCUGCUCAGCCAACUGGCUCUCAUGGACUUGACAUUAAUCUCUAGUAUUGUACCUGAAAUGGCAACCGACUUCUUUUCAGGAAAGAGAAACAUCUCACAGGUGGCCUGUGGAACUCAGAUCUUUUUCUUCCUGACUUUAGAAAUUGCUGAGUGUAUCCUCAUCACCCUCAUGUCCUUUGACCAGUAUGUGGCCAUUUGCAACCCUCUGAGAUACAUCCUGAUCAUGAGCCAGAAAGUAUGCCUGGAGAUGGCUACCAUAUCCUGGGCUGGGAGUGCCCUUACAUCACUAGCACACACAGCAUAUGCUAUGCAUUUCUCCAUCUGUGGUUCCAGAGAGAUUUCCCAUUUCCUUUGUGAGGUCAUGGCCAUCCUAAAAUUGGCCUGUGAGGACAUCUCUGCCUAUGAGAAAGCUGUAGUGAUGACAAGCAUUAUGGUUCUCCUCAUUCCCUUGUCCUUUAUCUUAUAUUCUUAUGCUCUCAUCUUCCUUUCUGUCCUCCACAUGAACUCACUGGAAGCCAGAAAUAAAGCUGUGGCCAGCUGUUCCUCCCACCUGACUGUAGUAUGCCUCUACUUUGGUCCAACCAUGCUGGCCUACAUGAGACCUAGUUCUUAUCACAGUUCCAAGCUGGACCAGGUUCUCUUUAUGCUUGGUGCCAUCCUCACCCCCAUGAUGAACCCCCUCAUAUAUAGUCUCAGAAACAAGGAGGUGGUAUGUGCUCUGAAAAUGGUGUUGGUGUGCUGCUUAACCUCAAAUUAG